UUUCUAUGCAUCUUGGCAGAGAAUACAUUAUCUUCUUCUUCUUGUGUUGGAGGUUAUGUUGCGAGGUUGUUAUAAAAAAGGAAGUGUUUUAAUUUUCAAGAUUUGCUUAAUUGAGUGAAAUGGAUGCUCCAAAAACUACGGACAUUGUCCUUUUAUCUGGGAAUUCGCACCCGGAGCUAUCAAAUUUGAUACAUCGAAGACUGGGAGUGAAAUCCAGUGGAUGUGCAGUUUACCACAAGUCGAAUCGUGAAUCAAUGGUUCAAAUUGGUGACUCCAUUCGGGGUAAAGAAGUUUACAUUAUACAAACGGGAACAAAGGAUGUCAAUAAUAACAUAAUGGAACUAUUAAUAAUGGCUUACGCAUGCAAAACUUCUUCCGCUAAGUCUAUUGUAGGUGUUAUUCCGUAUCUGCCGUACAGCAAGCAGUGUAAAAUGCGUAAAAGAGGAAGUAUUGUAACAAAGUUACUAGCUCAAAUGAUGUGCAACUCAGGAUUAACUCACAUCAUCACCAUGGAUUUGCAUCAGAAAGAAAUUCAAGGGUUUUUCGAUUGUCCUGUCGAUAAUUUGAGAGCUAGUCCUUUCCUUCUGCAAUACAUUCAAGAAAGUAUCCCCGAUUAUCGAAAUGCCGUAAUAGUAGCAAGAAACCCUGCUGCUACUGCUAAAGCCACUUCAUAUGCGGAACGUCUUCGACUGGGCAUUGCUGUCAUUCAUGGUGAACAAAAAGAGUCAGAAUCUGAUGAAGUCGACGGUCGAUAUUCCCCGCCAACCAUUCCUAGAUCCCGUACAAUGGAUGCCGGUGUGGGGGUACCGGUGCAUAUUGCCAAAGAGAAACCACCCAUUAACGUCGUAGGUGAUGUCGGAGGAAGAAUUGCAAUUAUGGUGGACGAUCUAAUUGAUGAUGUCCAAUCUUUUGUGGCAGCUGCCGAAGUUCUGAAGGAACGUGGUGCAUACAAAAUUUAUGUGAUGGCUACUCAUGGUCUGCUCUCAUCAGAUGCGCCUAGAUUAAUCGAAGAUUCUCCUAUUGAUGAGGUUGUUGUGACUAAUACAAUUCCCCACGAACUUCAGAAGAUGCAGUGCCACAAAAUCAAAACCGUCGAUAUAUCAAUUUUGCUCUCGGAAGCUAUCAGAAGAAUCCACAACAAGGAAUCCAUGUCGUAUCUAUUCAAAAACGUCACUCUGGAGGAUUAAAUGUCUCCUCGUAGAGCUGCACGCUUUGUCAAAUUCCUAGCUGUUUGGUAGUAUUAGAGGUUAUUUUAAAUUUUACCAAAAAUAUCCAAUAUAGCCUUAAGAGCGAUGGGAGAGUAUGACGGAAGUUCCUAGGAAAGAAAAACGUCUAUUUGAAAUUUAUGUUUGUUGGAGUCUUAUAAUUUGUGCAGUGAAAUUUAUCAAUGUUUAUUCCAGGAACGGAAAGAAAUCAUACAACGAGUUAGUUUCCACGGUAAUUGUUUCUUUUUAAUCUUUUCUUUUCUUCAAAUUUUUGACAAACUACAUAAACCAUGUUGAAUUAACCAAAAAACUUUAUAUUUUAUUUUGUUUUAAAUAUUGUGUUGAUCCUAUCUUAUUUCUGAACAUACACCAAGCAAGUAUUGACGUCAAAUGUUGAAUUGCAACUGUGAGAUGUAUUCUUUCUGUAAUAAAAUGAUAAAUUAAAUACAUAA